CCAACAUCGAGGCCCAACCCUGGUCGACCAAAGUCGACGCCGUUCCCCUUGUCUUGCUUAGCGAGCGGCUCCCGCCUUGGGAUGUAGCACCGACCGUGCGUGAGCGUCUCCUGCUGCGCCAUUUUGGGACGCCUAUUCUUUCGUGCGUGCGGUUUUUUUUUUUUUCGUUGUUGUGUAUGUUUCUUUUUGUUCCCGAAUGUGUUGCUGUUUUUCUUCCGUUUCCAUGCCACACGGCUCCAAGUCGUCGUUUGACGCCACAUCACACCCCGGACGUAGCCGUGCCUUUUCGAGACAUGAAGGCCGUUCCAUGAGCGACUUCGUACUGCCCAAACCCUAGCUUCGCUUGAUGCAUACCUUGCUGGUCUACUUACUUGGUUGUAAACCGUCAGCCUAUGGCGAUCAUGGCGCUCCUCGGGUUCAAGCGAAUCUGCCGGACGACAGCCAGCAGCGGCAACAGCAAUACAACAGACGCCGAGGACCGGACGACCAUGUGCCAAGCGACCGGCGUCAACAAAGGGGCGUGUGAACGGCCCUUCAACCGUAGGUGCUGCUAUUCAUCCAUCCAUCCAUCCAUCCAUCCACCUGCAGCCGCCGCUGUGUGUUGCUGAAGCCAUGUUUUUUUUUUUUCUCUCUUUCUCAUUUGAACAUGGGCUGGCUGUCUCAUCUCCACCACCAACCACACGCAUGCUUGGAGGCAACGGGAACAACUUCAGCUUGCUCCGCUUGCCGGCCCUAAUUCCCUCCCCCCUGCUGGCUACACAUUCUCAUAUUCCCAUGAGAUGGCGCCGGAUGGCGUUCGAGGUACCUCGUGGCCGUUUGAGUGGGCGGGAGUCGACUUCGCCCUGGCUUGCCUCAUGCUGCUUGCCCAGCUGACGCUAGAUGUCAUGUCAUUGUCGCCAUGCCAAACCUUUCCGUUGUCCACUCAGCUCACAACUGCACCGAGGCGAUAGUCUGUACUUGCGAGACAUUGCCGUAUGUCGUUCCCGUCAGAAAGCAAGUCCUGUCGGUUGAUAGAGGCGAACCCUGGCGGUCCAUGCCCGCCACACCCCCCGGCCGAGCUGCCCACCACCGGCACCGCUCGACUCUACCUGAGCCAGAGAAGGGCUUUGAUUCCGAACCAGACUGCUGGUCGGGCCAUCCUCUUCGUGAGCCUAGCUCCAAAGUCCAGCCUGGGUCCGCCGUGUGCUGAU